AUGAAGGCGGAAGAGUCCCCUCCCCAGUCCUCUUCGGCCAAGAGGACAGCCUAUGAAAACAGAGCUCACAGAGCUAAACGGUCGAAGUGGAUCUUAGCAGAGGUGGUGUCUACCCUGAUCUACCUCUACUGCGAGAAGAUCUCAAGCUGGACGAGUACACCCGUGAUAUCCGCCCACCUUGCUGGCCAGUAUCCCUCUGGUCUUGGCCCUGGGCCUGGUGCGAUCGAGGUUAUACCUGCAAUCACGAAUAUUGAGCUGAAUGAGUGUGUACAUGCUUCUGAGGACUUCGAUGAACCCAAUACCUUGAAUCGUCUCAGAGCGAGAGUGCCUCGAGUUGAAAUUCCUACUAAGGAUCUCAAUGCCAGUCGUCAGUCGGGAGGAAUUUCCAUCACACUAGUCCGGGUUGACUUGUUUGGGCUUGAUGCCUUAAAGAAGGCUAUUAGCAGUCUGAGCAAACUUCAGUCGGUGGACCUACCCACUGGAUUGGAGAUCAUCAAAUCUAAUAACAGUGACCAUGUGCGAUAUAGUCGAGUCGCUUCUUGGGCUGUGUUCCAAAUGAAUCAAGUCGACCCGGGUACUAGUCCCCUGCUGCAACGCUUGAGGAAAAGGAAAAAGAAGUAG